CUUAGUGGCCUUUGAGGAUGUGGUUGUGACCUUCACCCUGGAGGAAUGGGCUUUACUGGAUCCUUCACAGAAGAAACUCUACAGAGAUGUGAUGAGGGAAACAUUUCAGAACCUGAUCUCAGUAGGAAAAAUAUGGGAAAAUCCUGACAUUGGAGAUCAGUAUAAAAACCAAGGGAGAAAACUAAGAAGUCAUCUGAUAGACAAAAUCUGUGAAAGAAAAGAGGGUAACCAAUGUGGAGAAAACUUCGGCCUUAUUCCAAAUCCCAGUUUGAACAAGAAGACUCUUUCUGGAGUACAGCCAUGGGAAUACAGUGUAUGUGGGAAAGCCUUCAGUUAUUCAACUUCACUUCAAAUACAUAAAAGAACUCACACUGGACAGAAAGCCUGUCAUCGUAAACAAUGUGAAAAAGCCUGUAGAUAUCAUGAAACUUUUAAAACACAUGAAAGAACUCAUACAAGAGAAAAACCCUAUGAAUGUAAACAAUGUCGUAAAAUCUUCCGAUUUUACCUUUUCUUCCAAAAACACAAAAGAAGUCAUACUGGAGAAAAGCCCUAUAUAUGUAAGGAAUGUGGAAAGGCCUUGAGUUCUUCAUAUUCACUUCGAAUACAUGAAACCAUCCACACUGGAGGGAAAACCUAUCAAUGUAAGCAAUGUUCUAAAGCCUUCCGAUAUCAUCAGACAUUUCAGAGACAUGAAAGGAUUCACAAAGGAGAGAAACCCUAUGAAUGUAUAGAAUGUGGAAAAGCCUACACAUCUUGUCAAAGUCUUCAGUCACACAAGAGGACUCAUUCAGGAGUCCUUUAUAAAUGUAAACAAUGUGGUAAAGCCUUUAGAUAUUAUCAAAGUUUGAAAGCACAUGAAAGGAAUCACAAAGGAGAGAAACCCUAUGAAUGCAAAGAAUGUGGAAAAGCCUUCACGUGUUACCAAGGUCUUCCAUCACAUAAAAGGACGCACACAGGAAUGAAACCCUAUGAAUGUAAACAAUGUGGUAAAGCUUUCCGUUUUCAUCUCUGUUUCCAAAUUCAUGAAAGAAAUCACAGUGGACAGAAACCCUAUGAAUGCGAACAAUGUGGUAAAGCAUUCAGUUCACACAGUGAUCUUCAAAGACAUGAAAGAAAUCACACAGGAGAGAAACCCCAUGUGUGUCAAAAGUGUAACAAAGCAUUCAGUUCACCCAGUGAUCUUCGAAGACAUGAAACAACUCACACUGGAGAGAAACCCUAUCAACCCUAUGAAUGUAAGGAAUGUGGAAAAGCCUUCAGAUGUUAUUCUACUUUUCGAAAACAUGAAGGAAAUCACACCGGGGAGAAACCUUAUGAAUGUAAAAAAUGUACUGAAGCAUUCAGGUGCCCCAGUGAUCUUAGAAAGCAUGAAAAAACUCACACUCAAGAGAAGCCUUAUGAGUGUAAGGAAUGUGGAAAAGCCUUCAGAGUCCAAAGUUUUUUACAAACACACAAGAGAACUCACACUGGAGAGAAACCAUAUGAAUGUAAAACAUGCACUAAAGCAUUCAGGUAUUCCAGUAUCACUGUACAUGAAAGAACUCAUAGUGGAGAGAAACCCUAUGAUUGUAAGCAAUGA